UUCAAUUGUUCUUCUUCCUCCUCCUCUUCCUGUUAUUAUUAUUUCAAUUUUAAACCUAAAAAUAUUUCUUUUUUCUUCUUCAAUGGAAGACCCCAAUAGUCCAACCAACCAUGGCAAUACUGAUCAAAGAAACGAACCAGUUAGGUCAAGAUGGACUCCAAAACCAGAGCAAAUCUUGAUUCUUGAAUCCAUUUUCAAUAGUGGAAUGGUAAACCCACCAAAAGAUGAAACUGUAAGAAUAAGAAAACUUCUUGAAAAGUUCGGUUCUGUCGGCGAUGCAAAUGUUUUUUACUGGUUUCAAAACCGACGGUCAAGAUCUCGCCGCCGUCAACGCCAGAUGCAAGCUACUCUUGCAGAAGAACAAAGAACUAAUCAACAAACACAUCCAACUGCAGUCGGUGCAAUUCAAUACGAACUUCUAGGUGGUGGCAGCUGCAGCGGUGGCAGCGGCGGUGGCAGUGGCAUUCCUUCUUCUUCUACUACUACUAUUAUGGGGUUUCCAAAUUCUCCAUCUUUUUCUGUUUCUCCUUCUUUUCUUGUAGGCUCCUCUGGUUCUUGUGGAGGAGGAGUUAGUGAAGGUGUAGAAAGUUUGUUUUCACUGCCUAAUCAAAUGGGUUUUCAAGAAAUAGAGCAAAGCUCUUCUAUUUUAGGCCUAUCAUCAGAUACGUCAAGUUUGCACUACCAAACUGGGUUAACUACAGUGUUUAUCAAUGGGGUGGCAACAGAAGUUCCAAGGGGGCCACUUGACAUGAGAGCAAUGUUUGGUCAGGAUUUAAUAUUGGUUCAUUCUUCUGGAGUGCCUGUUCCUGUUAAUGAAUUUGGAUUUCUAAUGCAUAGCCUGCAGCACGGUGAAAGCUACUUCCUGGUUUCAAGACCAACAUAAAUUGGUAUUAAAGCUGCAUCAAGAGUGGGAGCUUCCUCUUUGUUGGUUUGCAGCAUUUUGUUAGAGCCUUUUUUUUUCUUUCUUUUUUUUUUUAAACUAUAUAUAUGGAAUCCCCCACCAAUCCAAAAGCCAAAAAAAAAA